CUGCUCGCCGAGAGAAGAUGGCGGCGGUUGGGGUAGGCGCGGGGCGAAAGCAGGUGCGGCAGGAGGAGCUGCGGCGGUUGAUGCGGGAGAAGCAGCGGCAGAACGCGGGGAGGAAGCGGAUCGACUCGCCCUUCGCCAAGUACAACAGCCUGGGGCACCUCAGCUGCUCCCUCUGCAACCAGCCCGUGAAGAGCGAGCUGCUGUGGCAGACACACGCCCUGGGCAAGCAGCACCGUGAGAGAGUUGCAGAAUUAAAAGGCACAAAGCAGACAGCAACUGUUGCGGCUCCUAGCACAUCAGCUCAUCCUGUCAAGAGAAAAACUGUUGAUACAGAAGACGCAGAGUUAAAGAGACUAAAAGGUACAGACGAAAAGCCGCAUACGUCUACAUCUGGGCUGCCAGCAGAUUUUUUUGAUGAAGCAAAGAAAGAUAGCGCGAAGGAACAGCUUUCAAAGGCUCCAGGUCCCAGUUUAUUGUCAGUAAAUUAUGACGAUGAUGAUGAUGAUGAAGAAGAAGAGGACCAAGACCAAUCAAACACAUCUUUUGUUACGCACAAAAUUGAAAUUCCACCUCCAACUCAAGAAGUAAUACCUAAUUCUCUACCUGCAGACUUCUUUGACAGCAAAACUACAGCUGCUCCUAUAGUUUCCCAUUCAGGAUCCAUACAGAAAGCAGAGAUACAAGAGAAGACAGUGGAAAGGAAAGAAAACACUGCUGAAGCUUUGCCAGAAGGUUUCUUUGAUGAUCCUGAAGUGGAUGCAAAAGUGCGAAAGGUUGAUGCUCCAAAGGAUCAGAUGGACAAAGAAUGGGAUGAGUUUCAGAAGGCAAUGCGACAGGUCAACACAAUUUCAGAAGCAAUAGUGGCAGAAGAGGAUGAGGAGGGACGACUAGAUCGUCAGAUUGGAGAAAUAGACGAGCAGAUUGAAUGUUAUCGCCGCGUUGAGCUUUUGCGUAACCGCCAGGAUCUGAUGAAGGAGAAGUUAAAGGAAGCCAUGAGAUUAAGAGCAGCUCAAGAGAGGGAGGAUGAGGCGAUUGGCAGCGAAGACGAAGAAGAAUUGCAGGAUUUGCUGUCUCAAGACUGGCGGGUGAAAGGGGCUUUGUUGUAGCAUUUCUGCAACGUGGCUGAUAUUCUCUUUAUCUGUGAUGUUACUUCCAUUGUUAGAAGCGAGACACUUUUGUGAAAUAUUUAUUUAAAGAGGAUCAUGAGAUGGUAAAGAUCCAAGUGUAUUAAAAAAAUAAUCUGUAGAUCUACAGUGGUGUAUUGCUGUAAAAACUGUACAUUGCAAACGUUUUUCAAUAUUGAAUGUACCUUUGUUAUUAAAAUUAUUCCUUUCCUAC